AUGGCGAUCAAAGUUUCGUCCUUGACCUUUGCGCCGCUUCCUGGGGGCAAACCCGUACUGGAAGGCAUCAGCUUCUCUUUGCCCUUUGGGGCGCGGUGCCUCUGCGUGGGUCGCAAUGGGGCAGGGAAGUCUACCCUGCUGCAGCUGUUGUCGGGGCAGAAGAUGGCGCCUGCCGGGACGCUGGAAAUCUGCGGAGAGGACCCUUUCCGUGGCCGCAGCGGCCAGCAAGUGGUGCUGGUCAGUGGCGGCGCCCCAUUGCGAGCUGACCCUGCUAUCGAAGAAAGGAUGGCGCAGAUGAAGGUCUUUGAAUUACUUGGUGAAGAGUUGCCAGAUGCCACCAGCUACCUGGGGCGCUUGAUGAAGGUGCUGGACGUGCAGAGCUUUUGGUCCAGCUAUUUGGGCCAUCUCAGCGACGGGCAGCGCUGUCGGGUGGAGCUGGUACGUCGACUGAGGGAACCCAAGCAGGUGGUCCUGCUGGAUGAGAUCACGGCGGAACUGGACAUGCUCGUGCGACAGGAUCUCUUGGAUUUCCUGGCCUCGGAAAGCUGCACGGUGCUGAACGUCACCCAUGUCUUCGAUGCAUGUGAAGGUUGGGCCACGCAUUUGUUGCGCUUGGAGGGUGGGCAGCAUCAGUUGGAUGCGCUGGAACCAGGGCAAGACAUUUUCCAGCGAGUGGUGGUGGCCCUUUCGGCAGACAGGUCUGCAGUUCCCAGCCACCCUGCGGACCCCGCGGACCCCGCGGACCCCGCGGCCACGAACAACGUCCGCGGCGACGUGGUGAAGAUCUGCGAGCUGAACUUUGAGUACGGCUUGAGAGGAGCUGUGCGCGUGGAUGAACUCACGCUGCCAGCCAGCUGUCGUUGCUUGCUGUUGGGUCUCAACGGAAGUGGCAAAUCCACGUUGCUCAACAUCAUUGCAGGUCGUCGAAUGGCCAAGGCUAAGAUCUUGGAGGUUCUGGGACAUCAACCCUUUCAGGAUCGCGCACUUGACCGGGAGCUUUGCAUUCUCAGCAGCGAGUGGAAACGACAGGUGUCGCAGAUGCGUGGACAACUGACCUUCAAGGACUUGGCAGAUGCCGCGCUGGCAGAGCUGCAACAAGACGGUUUUGAUGCCAUGCUGCUGGCGAAACGGAUGCUGCGCUUGGUUCAGAUGUUGGGUGUAGAACCCACCAAGAGUUUGGGCUUGCUGUCGGAUGGCGGACUCCGACGAGUUCAGCUGGUGCUGAAACUGCUGAAACCUGCCAAACUUCUGUUGGUGGAUGAGGUCACAGCAGAUCUGGACGUGCUGGCGCGCGAUGCGCUUCUGAAGUUCUUGAAAGAAGAAAGCGAGGCUGGCUGCACAGUGGUGUACUGCACGCACAUCCUGGAUGGUUUACAAGGAUGGGCCACACAUUUGCUGCAUCUCAGUGCCGGGUGCCCAGUGCAACUGGAGCUGUUAAGGGGUGCCGAGUCUUGGACCGCUGCAGUGCUGGCGCGGCUUAGAGAGGAUCGACUGAGGCCGCCUGUGCCUCCCGUUACAGAAGAUGCCGCUUGCGACGAGGUGGGCCUGCCGUCGGGCUGGCAGCAGCGGCGCUCGGCAGCAGCGGCGGGAGCCUUUGGGAACUACGCCUGGCGUGUGGAAGCUACGCCACAGGAGGAGUGGUCCUUCAAGUCCAUUGCUCCUGAACCUUCCAAUCAACCACCAGCUGCCCCUGCUAUGCCGGCGGCACCUGUGAUGCCGGUGGCGGCUCCUGCGGCGGUGCCGGCGGUGCCUGAACCGAUGGGGACGGGCCAUGGUGGCUAUGCCGCGGGGCCAGUGGCACCCGUGGAAUCGGGCGAUCCAUUCAUUGGGAGGAGAAUGAAUCAGAUGAGAGCAGAGGAAUUGGUGGCUUUGGGAAUCAUCCCGCCCGAAAAGUGAGAUUGCCGUGCUCUUGAAGACAUGGGACCCAGAGAUGGAGUGGAC